CGUCUCGGUCGCCGUGUGCUGCGCGAGCUGCGUGUGAGGGAGACUCGCACUUUCCCGCCAUUUCCCCCAGCGCUCUGACAGGAGGGAAGCACAGGGGGCGCCGUGUCAGAACCCGGCCGGGCGGCCAGUGAGGUGAGGGGGAGACCGGGAUCCUGGGUCACCAUGGCAACCAACUGAGGGUCCCUCCAGGGGUACCCACAUUAGCAUUAUUAUUAUUAUUAUGUUAUUAUUUAUAUAGCGCCAUCAUAUCCCGCAGCGCUUUACAAUGGGUGGACGAACAGACACGUAGUUAUAACCAGACAAGUUGGACACACAGGAACAGAGGUAUUGAGGGCCCUGCUCAAUGAGCUUACAUGUUAGAGGGAGUGGGGUAAAAUGACACAAUAAGAUAAGGAUAGUAUUAGACUAAUGACAGUUGCAGAAGAGGAAUCAGUCAGGAGCUAUUAACAGUUUGAAUUGAUACGUUUUUAUGAAGAAGUGGGUUUUUAAUGAUUUUUUUGAAGGAGUGGAGACUGUGUGAGCAUCUAACGGAGGAGGGAAGCGAGUUCCACAGGAAUGGUGCAGCCCUCGAGAAAUCUUGAAGGCGAGCAUCAGAGGUGGGAGUACGUUAUAGAGGGGGAUAUGUACUAAGCUCAGAAUUGGAGUAACCGAACUCCCCAAAUAACACAACUGGUCUGGGAUCAUUCUCCAGCUCGGCUGGUUUAGCCUGAAUUGAGCUAUUCAGAUUAUACUGGGCAGCUCCAUAGAUGGGAACCCAGUAACAUUAAGCUAUUCGGAUUACACCGGGCAGCUCCAUAGAUGGGAACCCAGUAACAUUAAGCUAUUCGGAUUACACCGGGCAGCUCCAUAGAUGGGAACCCAGUAACAUUGAGCUAUUCGGAUUACACCGGGCAGCUCCAUACAUGGGAACCCAGUAACAUUGAGCUAUUCGGAUUAUACCGGGCAGCUCCAUAGAUGGGAACCCAGUAACAUUGAGCUAUUCGGAUUAUACCGGGCAGCUCCAUACAUGGGAACCCAGUAACAUUGAGCUAUUUGGAUUAUACCGGGCAGCUCCAUAGAUGGGAUCCCAGUAACAUUGAGCUAUUCGGAUUAUACCGGGCAGCUCCAUAGAUGGGAACCCAGUAACAUUGAGCUAUUCGGAUUAUACCGGGCAGCUCCAUAGAUGGGAACCCAGUAACAUUGAGCUAUUUUAGUAGAUUUAUAAUAUAUUUAUAUUUGUUAAUAUCUAUUUAUUUUUAGGCUUUACAUUUUCUGCACUUUAUUAUUAUAUUUAAAGCAUAUAUAUAUAUAUAUAUAUAUAUACACAAAUGACUUCACUCACUCUGAGGGGUUCAAUUCGGAUCCACUGUCUUAACAUGGGAACAUCGAAAUGGAAGGAAGGCUUCUGUGAAGUAAUAGAGAAAGACAAUAAAUUCACUCUGGUUGUAAACUUUAAUGCUGGAGGCGUGCCGGCAAAAUUUCAGGUAAUUAUCUUUGAAAUUUUUUUAUACCAAUUAAUGUGAAAAUAAAAUACCAUAAAACUUUCUUUUUGUCCUCUUAAUGGUUUUGCUUGUUAAAACAACAUUGUCAUGGUUCGGGGAGUUUUGCUGAAUUCGUAAAGUCCCCCAAAGGUGACAUUGCCUCUGGAGGUCUGGUGGUCAAGGAGGGCAGGUAAAGAGUUUACUUACCUGCAUCUGUUCCUCGCGGAUGCUGUCAUAUUGGUCCAGUGCAGUCCUCCUUGGGGAUUACAUCACUGCUGUACUCUCGUGCAUGUGCAAGAGUACAACAUUGGGGUCUCUGUUGGAUCCUCCAUAGACACAGCCAAUUCCUUGCAGCCGUUGGGAUUGACACACAUGCUGCGCCCUGUGUCAAGAAGUAUCAAGUGGUCCGUACUUUGUCUGUGUAUUUCUCUUGACUGGGUUGCAAUUUCAGUGAAAUUCCAAAACUGUCAUGAGUAUUUCGUUAAGAUUUUAUUUUUAUGAAAUUCUCAUUUUUGGGGGGGUUUGACAGUGCUGUUUUAAUACUAUUCAGUCUAUUGUAAGAAUCUUUCAGUCCAGCAAUUCAAAAUGUGUAGCACUCUAAAAUCACUGAAAAAUUAUUUGAAACAUUUUACCUUAUUUGAAACCUUUUAAAUGUGUAUGAAUGCAUGCAUCUGUGUGCGUGUGUAUGUAUGUAUGCAUGCAUCCAUCUGUGUGUGUAUGCAUGUACCUGUAUGCAUCUGUGUGUAUUCACGCACGCAUCUGGGUGCGUGCGCGCGUCUGUGUGUGUAUGCAUCUGUAUGUGCGUGUAUGCGUGUGUGUAUUCCUGUGGCCGGGGUUUGGAGGCGGGCCCAGACCUUGAGCGGUGUUAGGGGCCCCAAAAUUUUUGAUGGUGACCCUGCCUAACGCCCACUUUUGAAUCUUUGUUGUUGGUAAAAAAAUUUCCUUACCAAACACAAGUGCCACAUUAACUAAUUUUAUAGCGCAAGUGUGAUUUUAUUUUUUUUUUUAAGGAGUUUUUUUUUUUUUUUAAUAUAUAUAAAUGUACUUAAAUUUAUCAAUUUAUUUCCUUUUUUUUUCUAUUCUACUUUUUUCUGUUUGCCUGUGAGGUGCUAUGUAUGUUUGAAAGAUGCUUAAUGUGUGUGUGGGCCGGAGUGUGUGUGAUUUGGCAGUGUAUGUGAUGGGGCAGUCUGUGUGUGGGGUGCACAUAGAGUUAGGAAUACAAAUAUUUAUUCCUAACGCUAUAGAGCAACUAGGGCACUGUUCCGCGGCGAAUAAAUGGUUAACUAUUUAUUUGCUUACCUUACCUUCCAGCGCUGUGAUCCCUCAGCACUGGUGACCUAUCCUUCUCCAUCGACGUCAGCUUCCGAGUGGAGCUGAAUGCGUCUGGCCGCUCACAAAUUCAAACCCGCCCAUAGAAAAGCAUUACUCAAUGCUUUCCUUUGGGGAUCUUUUUUGACACUGGACUCCCUGAGGACAUCCAGCGUCAAAUAAGUGUGAUUUACUCCGUGUAAAUCGCGGAACUGGCCUCUAGUGGCAGAGAGACUGCCACUAGAGGUAGGAUUAACCCUGCAGGGUUAAACCUAGGGGGACCUGGCACCCAGAUCACUUAAUUGAGCUGAAGUGGUCUUGGUGCCUAUAGUGGUCCUUUAAGAAAGUGAAACACAGUCUAAACAUCAUUACCAUAUCAUGAUUCACAAUAUAAAGUCCAGAUUGUUGUUAGUCAAGAAAGUAUCAUUUACAGUCAUUUGCAAUGUUGUUUCUAUUGUAGCUAAGUCAAAACAUCAAAAACAUUGUUCUGAGACCAACUGGAAUGAAACAGAGCAGGCUAAUGCUCACAUUGAAAGAUUCAGGUGCCAUAACAGUAGAUAAGGCUCCAAUGAAAGAUGCAGAGGUGUUGAAACACUUCCUGGACUCAGUUGACAAAGGUCCAACAGGUAAGAAGGCACUGCUGCUUUAUUUAUUUAAUUAUUGCUAAAUUGCCUUUGUUUUUUAAAAAGAUUCACAGGAGAGAACAGGGGUGCUUUGUAUUUAUUUGCAUACUUUGACAUCUUAACCAUAUUCCCACCACAACGGUCUGUGACUUUUGGUUUGCACAGUUCCUAAAGUUAUCAAGUUGCCUAGUUGUCAGUCAACAAAAUUAAAAAUAAAGCUAUAUAAAAUAAAACAAUAGACUAGACCAGGUCUUAACAUUUUUAAGUAGUAGGCUACUAGCCAGGUCUUCACUGCAAGCCUGUAGGGUCCAUACUAGUGGGGAGUGGAAAUUGUGAGCCUGGACUAGAACAACUGUUGGCUCUAAAACAGUUAUCCCAUUUUUGAGGAGCAGCAGUUAACCAUUACUGUCACUCACCCUGCAUAGUAUGACUAAAACUGUGCUGCAUCAUAUUGUAUUGUACAUUGGGGGAAAAUGAAACUUGGCCAUUGCAAAUGUUUGUCUUGUAUGAACCACUAUCCUCUUCUCCUUUUUGGACUUUUGAUUUCUUUAAAAUAUCUUUACAGAAAAUUCAGUUACAAUAUCUCAAACCCUCCUUGUAAAUACAGUGGACUAUAUCCCAGUAUGGUGCAGAACUGAGAUUUCUUCUUUGAUUUUUUUUUUUUUCCUGUCUCUUCAUUGCAUUAGCCAGAUUACUGCUCUUGAAGAAUUUCCAAAUUCUGCGCUACUGUUUCAUCUCCAUUAUAUCUGAGCAUGUCAUCUUUGGUACUGAGGCCCUUUAUUCCUAUAGGCACUGAAACAUUAGUUUUUUUAUUUUACAUCCACAGGCACUGAUGCUGUAGUUUUUCCAUUAACAGAUUUUAUAUAUUGGCCUGCACAUUUCACAGUGGGAGGCAGAAUUGGGGGAGGUGCUGGAAGGCAUUGACUGGCAAGAUAUCUGGGAAGCGUCAGCUUCUUCCUCCAUAUGCGUCACUUUGCAAGAGCAAUGUUUUAUGACUGUUUCAAUAGUAUACUAGCCCGGUAAAACUGUACCGCAUGAAACAGACUCCAACCGAUUUGUGCUUGAGGGGUUGCGGCCUCAAAGGCACUUACAUAUGUGGUGGGACUGACCACAGAUAGGACCUUUCUGGUCCACAGUUCCUUUAGAAGGUCACCUUAGCAACCAAACGGGCCAUAGCCCAGAUUUGGCUACAGCCUACUGUUGCUUCCGUCUCUCAAGUCCUUGAUAAAAUUAAGGACCAUUGUCUGAUGGAUAAACUGACAGCGCAGGUGAGAAACACAGUACAUAAGUUUGAGAAGAUAUGGGAACUAUUGGAACUCAAGUGACUAUAGACUGAAGUAGAAAGCUAGUGGAGAACUGUAGGCCUCCCUCCAUCUCCCACUCCCUAGCAGACGUCCACUAUGUACUAUCCUCGCGUUGGCUCACUCAGUACUUUUCCUGAAAUGUUCUGUCCCUGGCUAGACCUAAGGAUUCAUCAAUAGGUAUUUCUAAAAAGCUACUCCGAGAUGGGGUGUAUGCUUACUAUCUGUGUUGUGAGCAUUUUUAGGCAAUCCCCCCCAGGGUGUGGAAAUCUAUCUUGCAAGAGCCAAGGGAACUUUUAGGUAUAUCUUCUCUUUCUACUAUUUUCAACUAAGUUCCAAAAAAAACAAACACAUUUUUGUAUUUAUUAAGUGUACAGUUAAGAGUGGAUUAAAGACAUAAUGUUAAAUUGCUUACUUUGGAUGAGAUGCCAUGUACCAUUACCUUCUCAUUUUUGUCCCAUUUGUACAGUGAAUUCAUGCAUUCUGAAUCACUUUGUUAUGCUAUGUCUUGACCAAAAAGUAAGAAUAAUAAAAAAUAAAAAUAAAAAUCCAUCUCUUUUUCCAACUUGACUAAAGUGGCAAAUUCCGGUUUAGUGUAGAAUAACCUUGUAGAGUUUAUAUACUAAACAGUGAAUUACAAUCAGGAUUGCAAUUUUCCAAACUGUGCAAAUUUGUUCUAAAUUUAGCAAAUUGAAUGUAAAUUCCACCAAAAUUCUCUACAACGUGUGUAAAUUCCACCAAAUUCUCUACAACGUGUGUACACCUGUAGUUCUAUGAUGCUUCGUUUUACUCUAAAUUUAUAUUAAAGAUUUAGCAAAUUAUCUCACAAUCCUAUUCAGUCCAAGCUCCGUCAUUAUAAAUAGAAACAUUGGGGUUAUGUAUAAGGUGACAUUCUGAAAAGUCGCCUAAAUUACUAAAAUGCAUUCUCCCCUUUUCCCAUGUAGGCACAACUUUUAAUUUAUAUAACAUAUUUUUCCCCUCUUCACUUCUCCCCUUUGCUGUAUUAUAUCUCUAUACUGUCUGCCAGGUGUAAAGGGCAGAGCGUAUAAUAACGAUUGACAGAGAGCUAAUAUAAAAGUGCUCAGUUAAUAGAUAGUUGGUGUUUCAAAAAAAUAAAAUAAAAUUCACACCUCACAAAAAUAAAUAUAUAUAUAUAUAUAUAUAUAUAUAUUUUAAUAUAGGGACAAGUUAACAUAUUAUGUAUACUGGAAAGUCGCAGUUCUCCUUUUAUUAUAAAAUUGAUAUUGUGGUGGGGAAUAAACAGUUUAGAACAAUUCCUGCACAUACCGCAUUUGUCUCUUUAUUAAUUCUUGUAUUACACUAGUGAAAUCUGCCCAAGGAUCUGGAAGCUUUGGAGGCAUUUUGGGAAACAGAAGCAGCCAGAGGGAUUCAAACAUACCAAUGUCAAACGUCAAAAGCCAGGUGUGUAAAGAUCAAGAUUAUUAUAAUCCUUGCUAUGUUUCCCAUUUAAAUUUUUAUUUUUAAAUAAACUUCUUCCUGCUCUUGUUUAAAGACUCCAUCUAAAAGGGUUAGCUUUGCAACAAAGGAUGAAACUCCAGUGAAGAUGUCAAUAAACCAUACGGGAAGAGCAGCUGUUAAAACGUCUCCUGGGGGCAUCACUUCAGGUCGCACAGGCAUCUCCCCAAUGACGUCUACACCCCAAAGAACUGGUCUUUCUGAAAAUAGGUAUUGAGAAUUAAGAAAACCAGCAAGUUUUAUUCUUAAAAAAAAAAAAAAAAAGUGAACUUAAAAUCAGUCCUUGCUUAGUGUCAACAUGAACACAGUCCUAGUGAUUUAGGUUUUCAUUAAGUUCUGUGGCACUCAAGGAAAUACCAAAGUAAUUGGUAUUUAACUAUCAGACCAAUUUAAGGUAUUUUCAGAUCAUCACAUUAACUGUAAAAUCCCAGAUUCCCCUUAUUCUUUAUCAAGCUUAUUCGCUGGGAGCUGUUGAGAAAGGGCUAGGGAUUUGCAAAUUCGAGGCUAAAAUAGCCAAACUGUAAAAUUUGUCCAGUGCUGCUGGCAUUUUUUUUUUUUUUUUUUCGUUUUGUCCUUACAUUUUCAACUUUCUUAUCACUUGAAAGAUGUAUUGUGCCCCCUCUGUAAGUGUAAAUAUCAUUCCAUUUGUCUGUUUGAAUUAAGAAGUAAAUUUAAAUGGUCGUAUUUUACAACACAUGGUAUUUAAAAAAUAAAUAAAAUAAAAGCUGUAUAGAUGUUUGUUAUGAUUGCUAUUUUAGACGUUGAAGUAUACUUACUGAGAUUUUCUGUUCAGAUUCACAUCUGGUAUUUAAGUCUGGUGGCUUUCAGAGACUUGGGUUUAUCCUAGGUCAUUUCGAAUUGUGUUUUUCACUCACAGGAGUGAAAAAAGGAAACGAAUGCAGACUCCAAGCCCAGAGAUAGGCGAAGAUUACCCCAAAGAGAAUGAUUCAUCGACGUAUGUUUUUGCUCCAAAUUUUCAUCAGAUGGGUCAAGGGUUGCUUGGAGUUUUGGCUUUGAAUUGCUUGGCUUUAUAGCUCAACGUUAAAGCUUAUUGAUUGCCUUUUUAAAAAAAAUUUAUUGGCAGGGUACUGACCCCCCUCCCCCCAGUUACUUGCUGUGCUGAUUUUUUAUUUUGUUUUAUUAUAUUAUCUCUAUAUAUUUGUUUAUUGUAAACUUUGGAGAAUUAUAGAGAUUACCAAAAACUUAGAUAUUGGUAUCCUGACACGUUUUAUGCAUAUAAUUUAUUUUUCUUUUCAAUAAGAUGGUAGAAGGGCAUUCCAAGUUUUAAUAUAAAACACCAGCUCCUGAAGUUUAUCAAACCUGUCUCCUCAUACAGAAAAGCUUGUAUAAAACUGUCUCUUGAUGAUUGUAUAUAGAUGCACUCUAGUGACAGACAUAUGAGAGAUUUGCUUUGUAUCCUGCUCUCAUGCAUAAUAGGAACGCAUUGGUGUUUAACUUUACAUUGGAAGCUAUUGUUUGAUCCAUUCUCUGUAAAAGGCAAGACUGCUUUAAUGUUUUCACGUGCUCUGAGUGACACAGGUGUAAUUAAAGAACAUUUGAUGUAUUUUAAUAAAAUGUCCCAUAAAAAUUGGUUUUCAAGGUUUUUCUGAUGCUGUCCAUAUUCUGCAUGCGUACCAUUCAGACAGUCUCUGCGUAGUUACUGUUGUAAGUCUGUACAAUCUGGGCUUCUAUUAUGUGUGAUUAUUUUCAAUUUUUUUUACCACCUCUCAUGUAUCAUGAGAUGUUCAUUAUUUAACUAUUAAAAAUUGCUUCACGUUACAAUUUGAUAUGUUUGAAUCUCUUCUUUAGCACAAAUAAGACAUUAACUGACCCAGCACGCAAAUUUUUAAACAGCAGCCGAGAAAAACAGUUGACUCUUAAACUGGCUGAGGAGGGCAGACAAGGUAUGUAGUUCUUAAUGUUUUGGGAAAUACUUCCAAUGUGUCCUUGAUACCUACUCACUUUUAUUAAAAGGCAAUUAUUAAAUGGUCGUAUUUUACAACACAUAAUUAUUAUCUUACAGGAUUAAUGCCUUUACAGUCGUCUUCCUUUUACAGUAGCAGGUUGACUGCGAAAGAGUAUACUCCUGGGAAUGUGUGCACAGACCGGUAAGCACAUGCCAACCGCCACCAGCAGAAAAGAUUGUGUGAAUUGCAUGUUAUCAUAUGAAUGUCUUACAGUAUUUUUAUUCCUGCUAUCCAUUUAGCAUGUUCCAAUCUUGAAAUGGAGAAUAUAAUGGGGAAAAUGAUUGUGUUUUGUAUAUCUCUAUUUUUAUUUACUGUAAGUUGGAGGCACAUGUUUUAAAAAAUAAAAUAAAAAAUGUGCAUUCAGAGGGCUACGUUCUCAAAGACAACCAAACAAAAAUAGAUAGCACUCGAAGGCUUUUUAGCAAAACAAAUAAAACUGAACUUUAUUCUUUCAAUGUUUAGUUUUAUAAUAAAACUUUAAUCAGGGCAGAUCUGACAGCAAUAUAGUUUUCUAUUGUAAAACUGAAAUGUUGACAGAAAAAAAAUACGUUUUAUUUGUAUAAUUAAAAUGUCCUUGAGUGUUAUCCCAUUUUUGUUUGGUUGCUAUUAUUGAACACUGCAGAAUUUGAGCCCCGUUCUAAAUAUUUUUGCCAGUCCACAAAUGCACGUCUUUCGGAUGUUCACAACGGAAGUAUUUUGUUUGCUUUUUUCCACUUUUCCUUGUUUAGUGAAUAAAAUUGACACACGUGCUUCUUGCUAUAAUGCCUAUAUUCACUAAACAUUUUGCUGAUUUAAAAUAGCAGAAUUGAAAAUCCUCAGUUCGUAUCUUGACUGAAUGUGUGGCUUUUUUGUUUUAUCUGCAAUUCCAAAAUGAACCAGAUCUGCAUCUAGUCAGCCGCCGUCUGCUAAGAGAAGUUUAAUCCUCCCACCACAGACAAGCCCAUUGUCUGCAAAAAAGUUGAAACCGAAUCAUGACUAUCCUGGAUGGAAUAAACAAAGGAUGCCCCAGCCACUACAGGGGUAUGUACUAAUUUGUCGUGUGUCCGUUUAUACCAUUGGGUGGUUCAGUGUGUGAAGUGACGGUUUUGCCGUUUGAACACAUUGAGCAGGCUCAGUACUUUAUUUUCCUUAAGUACAGUAAUGAGGCCAGAGUUACACAAACCGUGUUGCUCUGUCAUAAAAUCUCAGCUAAUUUUUUUUAUUUUAUCUAUAUUUAAGUAUUUUUAUUUGUUUAGUUUUCCCUGGGUUUAUGGUUUCCUCGUCAUUUUUAAAAUGAGCCUACACUUAGAAAUAAAAGGGACAUCCCAAGAUGGAAGUGACUUUUUUUUAAUUUUUAAUAUAUACUCUCCAUUUUGUGAACAGCCUCUCCUCAAGAAGAUAUUGCAGGGGAGGGGGGGGGCCUGACUUUCACGGCGGUGCAACGUGUUCUGCAUGAGCUCUCACAUCUUAUACAAGCUUCCUACAGCAUUACCGAAUUCUACUGGGGACUCCACCGGCCACCUAUCUGGUCCUCACAACAGAGGACAUCUGGAGUGGUGGUCUGGGACCCAGCAAGAUCUCAUCUGCCCAUAGCUUGGGCCUGGUCUGCAUCGGGCGGGAGAGGCUGCCGCUGUCCUGGCCUGGGGCUGCUCGGACGAUGGUAGCAGCGCACAAAUGCCCUGUUACCUGCCUUCCUCUUGUGCCACUACAUAUAUGGGGUGCUUAUCUGUCACACCGCUUAUAAUUCAAGCAUCCCUAUGUUAUAAUAUAUAUAUAUAUAUAUUUAUUAUUAUUAUUAUUUCAUAUUGUCCGAUUACUAAUACUUAAUUAUCUUUGCAUGUACUUAGCAUGUGGUGUCCUGGGGACACUUUUCAGCUAAUCUCCCAUUGAAAUAAACCUGUUUGCAUUAUCAUAAUUGUGCAGUAUACUAGACAUGUUCCAAUAUCUCUUCAUUACUAUAUCACUAAGCAAUGUCAUUCUUACUAACAUUUUCUUUUGUAUCUUUUUAGAUUUUCGAAUUUGGGGAAUACCUGCUAUAUGAAUGCAAUAUUACAGUCUCUGUUUUCCCUUCACCCAUUUGCAAAUGACUUACUCCGCCAAGGGAUUCCUUAUAAAAAAAUCCCAAUGAAUGCAUUAAUCAGGUAUACUGUCUCUCUCAGCAUUUCUAUGCAUGGGGUGGGGGGAGGGAAGGGCACGAGGUAAAAAAAAAAGUCCGGUGAGACAAACACAAUACAACUUCCCACAGUGCGUGGAUUCUGAUCCAAAUGGACCAAUGACCAGCAAUGGACUGCACUUUCAAAUUUGUGGGUCUACAUUAUAGAAUGUUGUAUAUUUGGUUUUAUUCUAUAUUGAUGCAUAAAAUAGCAAUGAUGCCCCGAUUUCAAUUGGUACUUUAAGCAGUCUAACACUACAUUUCAGUGUAAUGGCCAACUGUGUAUUUUUGCCGUGGGUCAGUGUGUGUCUGUGUGUCUGUGCGCGCGUCUGUCUGUGUGCGUGCGUGUGUGUGUGUGUGUGUGUAUGAGAAAACAAGGGGUUGGCUGCACUUAUGUGAACAUGCUUAAAUGGGGUACUGCUGGGGGCCAAUAGCAAAAAAAUAAAAUGUUUUUGCCUAGAUUAGGUGUUUUUAAUAAAACUUACAAAAUUGGACAGCACCAAAGUAGAUGUUUAGUUUAUGAGGGAGUGCGCUGGAUUUUCAUUUUUAGUGGGUGUCUGUGAGUGAGUGUGUGUCUGUCAGUGUGUGUCUGAGUGAUUGUGUAUGCCUGUGGGUGUGUCUGCGUCAUUGUGUGUAAAUACCAGUAAUAAUAAUCAGUGAUUGUGUGUAUCUGUCAGAUUGUGUCAAAUCAGUGCGUGUGUGUCUGUCAGUCAGUGUGUAUUAGUCUUUAAUGGGAAGAGGAGUGGCCUUGACAGGAAGGGGUGGGGCAAAUGUAAAUUAGGGGGUGCCCGAGUUCCAUCAUGCCUAGGGCAGCAAAGAUCCAAAAUACACCACUGGUAAUGGCACCAUCCUGGCUUCCACAAACCACUAAACUAUUGUGGUGAUGGUGCUUAGAGGGUCAUUCUGCUACUUGCUACAUCACGCUACUAGCUCACUACAUAUAUGAUGCUUCUGCCUUAGAAAACUUUUUUUUUUUUUUUGCAUACUGCAGACGUUUUGCCAUUCUGCUGGCCAAGAAGGAUGUCUGCAGCCCUGAGAAUAAGAAAGAACUUCUUAAGAAAGUUAAGAAUGCCAUAUCGGCCACAGCAGAGCGGUUUUCUGGCUACAUGCAGAAUGUAAGUAUGCUUUGUGCUCAUAUUUUCUUUUGUGAUUAAACCAAAUGCUUUGUAAUAUACACAAUACAUGUCAGUCUUUGAAAUCUGUACUGAUAGAAAAAAAUCUCCUCUACUUUUUGUUGGCAAAGUAUAGAUUGAAUUAUAAACUAAAUCUGAAGUGGGCUUUGUCUUAGACACAUAAUUGCAAGCUCCAUUUAAAUGUGCCACCAUAAAAUACUAAAGUUUAUUUCUUGGUUAUGUACAAUUUCUUUAAAUAGAAAAUUAAAAUAUACUCUUGGAGUGAGGUCCUUUUUAAAUGUAUUGAUGAUCUCUUUUAAGAGGGGGUGGGGGUAAUUGCCUUCAUCUUGUUACCUUACUACUGGGAUUUUGUGCAGCCUUUUUGUCUGAUCUGGUUUUAAAGCCAGUACUCUUUACAGGAUGCCCAUGAGUUCUUGAGCCAGUGCCUUGACCAGCUCAAAGAAGAUGUGGGUAAACUAAACAAAACCUGGAAGACUGAACCCUCUUCAGGAGAGGAUAUUUCAGAUGGAAAACCAAAUGAUGUCACUGCUACCCGUGUUUACACCUGCCCAGUGAUCUGCAAUUUUGAGUUUGAGGUGCAACAUUCAAUCAUUUGUAAAAUGUAAGCACUGGUUAUCUUUACUUUUUGGAUGAUAACCUUUUUAAUGGUAUCCUUUAAAUAGAAGUUCUAUAUCAGCAUAAUAUGCAGUAGUAUUUAUUCUAUAUUCUUCCACAGGUGUGGUGAAACAGUCACUAAGCGUGAACAGUUUAAUGACCUUUCUAUUGAUCUUCCACGGAGAAAGAAAUUGUUGCCUUGCAGAUCCAUACAGGAUUCCUUGGACCUCUUUUUCAGGGUAUGUAAGCAGUUAGAAGAAAUGAAUCAUUAAUAUUUGAAUAACACUAAUUUGCUGUAAUACAUUACCUAUUCUUUCCUCACAGAUGGAAGACCUGGAAUAUUCUUGUGAAAAAUGUAAUGGAAAAUCUGCAACCGUAACACACAAAUUCAGCAGAUUGCCUAGGUAAUCAUUUCUACUGGCAACUUUUCUGUUAAUUUCUAGUAAAACAGUUUGGGGGGGUGGUAUGUUUACUUCCAUGUUCAAAGGGAGAAUAAAAGCUGACCCUAGAGGUAGUAGAACUACAAAUUGGGCAUAAAUAUGAAUAUUAUUUACCCUGAGGCAUAUGAGAGAAACAUUUAUGUGCGCAGUAUUUGCAAACCCUUGGGUUAUGUCUCAACAACCCACUUAAGACAUUAUCUACGGGAGAACUUAUAAGGCUAUAGAAAUAAGCUUGCAGCUUUGGAACAUACAUAUAAGAAUUUUCACAUAAUGUGAUAUCAUUGGGUUGCAGACUUAUCCCCCAUUUUAUUCCACAACCUUCUCUUGCACCCUGUUUCUUUUAAAGGGACACUAUAGUCACCCAGACCUUUUUAUCUCAUUGAAAUGAUUUACAUUGCAGCACUAAGAUUACCUCUAGUGACUGUCAGACCGCCACUAGAGCUACUUCCUGGUGGCUAACCGAACUUUGGUCGCCUGACGCUUUACGUCCUCACACUCUCCGUGAGGUCAUCCAGCGUCCGUUAAAUCCCUAUAGGAGAGCAUUGGGGUAAUGCUUUCCUAUGGGAAGGGCCUAAUGCACAGGUCUGACCCAGCACAGAGGGAAAUCACGGUUUUAAUCGAGUAAAUUACUGAUUUUUAACCCUUUAGCCAUCAGGGGAUGGGGCGGCGAGAGAGGAGGGGGUACCAGAGGUCUCUAUCGUGUAAGGAACACAGAUUUGUAUUCCUUACACUAUAUAAUCCAUUUAAAUGUAUGUUUUCUGUUUUUUAACCCCUUAAAACCGGAGGACGUACAAUUACGCCCUCUAAUAGGCGGCUCUAAACGCCGCCGGGCGUAAUUGUACGCCCUCCGGUUUUUGUUAACUUACCCGGUCGCCGGCGGUCCCACGCCGGCGAUCGCGGUUGGGGGGACUCCCAGGGAGCCCCCCGCGGCACAUCCGUCCUCGUCGAAGCCCCCCGGCCAUGUGAGAGUGGGGUCCUAGCGAGGACCCCACAAUCACAUGACCUGGGAUAGCUGGCUUCUGUAUUGCCGGCAGGGGGGCUGCCUGUAAUGACAGGUGGUCCCCCUGCUGGCUGAAAAUAAAAUAAAAAAAGUUAAUGGUGUAAAAAAAAAUAAUUAUAUAUACUUAGAUCAUAUAUAUAUAUUAUAUAUAUAUGAUCUAAGUAUAUAUAUACACAUAUACAUAAACACACAUACACCGUCUAGGUGUAUUUUACUAUUAAUAUAUAUAUAUAUUAAUAUCAAAUUACACGUAGACUGAUACUGAUUAAAUAUAUAUAUAAUUAUUGUUAUAUAUAUAUUUAUAUAUAAUAUAAAAAAAAUAAAAAUAUAAAUACGUUAAAAAAUAAAAUUUAAAAAAUAAUUAAAAAUAAAUAAUUAAAAUAUAUAUAGAUGUGUGUUAUUUCGUUCUAACUGUUUUGUGAAAUUAAUAUAUAUAUAUAUAUAUCAAAAUACACGUAGAACGAAAUAAUAUAUAUAUCUAUAUACAUAAAUAUAUACGUAUAUAUCACUAUAUAUAUACCUAUAUAUAAAUAAAAAUAUUUUAAAAAAAUUAUAUAGAUAUAUACAUAUAUAUACACAUACGUAUAUAUAUAUAUAUAUAUAUUAAUUCUACAUAUAUAUUUAUGUAAUAUUUUUACAUAGUUAGGUAUCUUAAUUAAUUACAAUUAGCAGGACCUGCCUAACAACCCAUGCCGAAAGUAAAGGGAAUUUAAUUUGCUAGCACUAUAUUUAACCCUAUAACUUUCCAAGACACCAUAAAACCUGUACAUGGGGGGUACUGUUCUACUCGGGAGACUUAGCUGAACACAAAUAUUAGUGUUUCAAAACAGUAAAAUGUAUUACAACGAUGAUAUCGCCAGUAAAAGUGACGUUUUUUGCAUUUUUCACGCACAAACAGCAUUACACGGACGAAUAUUAUUGCUGUGAUACUUUUUACUGUUUUGAAACACAAAUAUUUGUGUUCAGCGAAGUCUCCCGAGUACAACAGUACCCCUCAUGUACAGGUUUUAUGGUGUUUUCAAAAGUUACAGCGUCAAAUAUAAGGCUUGCGUUUCAUUUUUUCACAUUAAAAUUCGCCAGAUUGGUUACGUUGCCUUUGAGACCCUAUGGUAGCCCAAGAAUGAAAAUUACCCCUAUGAUGGCAUACCAUUUGCAAUAGUAGACAACCCAAGGUAUUGCAAACAGGGUAUGUCCAGUCUUUUUUAGUAGCCACUUAGUCACAAACACUGGCCAAAAUUGGCAUUUUUUGCAUUUUUCACACAAACAGAUACGAACGCUAACUUUGGCCAGUGUUUGUGACCAAAUGGCUACUAAAAAAGACUGGACAUACCCCAUUUGCAAUACCUUGGGUUGUCUACUAUUGCAAAUGGUAUGCCAUUAUGGGUGUAAAUUUCAUUCCCGGCUACUAUACAGUCUCAAAGGCAACGUAACCAAUCUGGCGAAUUUCAAUUUCAAAUGUAACGUGCUAUAUUUGACCCUGUAACUUCCCAAAACGCCAUAAAACCUGUACAUAGGGGGUACUGUCUUACACGUGAGACUUUACUGAAUAUAAAUAUGUGUAUUUUAUUGCAGUAAAAGCAAACAGUAUUAUGACAUUGACCGUUAAAAUGUCACGUAGAACUAAAAAAAUCCAAAAAAACGUAUUUUCUCCCAUUUUUUUCAUAUUAAAUUAUGUUUCAUAGCUAAAUAUUUGAUAUUAAAUGAAAGCCCUGUUUCCCCUGAAUAAAAUGAUAUAUAAUAAGGGUGGGUGCAUUUACUAUGAAAGAGGUGUAUUACGGUUGGACAGACAUGUAGCGCAAAUGCCAGGUUUUGUUUACAUUUUGUUUUGUUAAGGCUCCGUCCUUAAGGGGUUAAAGCUUACGUGGUUUUUUGUUUGUUUGUUUUUUUCCCCAGAGUCCUUAUUCUUCACCUGAAACGAUACAGCUUUAAUGUGGUUCUGUCUCUUAAUAACAAAGUGGGCCAGCAAGUGAUCAUCCCUCGAUAUCUUACUUUGUCUUCGCACUGCACAGAAAGCACACGCACACCUUUGUCCCUGGGCUGGACUGCACAGAAUGCAAUGUAAAUGGAUAUCUACCAUUUCUUUCCUAUAAAGCAAAAAAGAAGAAAAAGGUGGAUAGGCUACUGCACUACCUAGGGAAUAGUCACAACCUUCAACCCAAUGCUGCCAAACCGCCUAAACACCAUGUUGCUACACACAGCAAUAUAAGGCACAAUAGAAGAAAUAGGCAAGGCGCAGGGGUUGAUGCAAAGGUGCAAUAGAGAUCACUACACCCAUUAUUUAUGUAGAUACAGCAAUAACAAAACAGACGUUUUGAGCAGAAAGCCCUUUCUCAAUGUGUUUUGUAUUUGCUGUAUCUACUCAAAUGUGGUGAUCUCCAUUGCACCUUGCUGAUUUGCUGUUGUGCUCUUUCCUAUAAAACACAAGCUGUGGAUCUUUAGUGUUUGUUUAUACUUAAAAUCUACUCUUUUCUUUGCAAUUUUCAGUUUGAAAAUUUACUUCAGCCUAUAACUAUUAAUCACAUUAUUUACAUCUAAGCGAUAUUGUACAUAAAUGUAAAUUGACUUUGAAAACAUGACUUUGUAGUGUGUGGGCAGGUAUCUUGAAAACUGCAUUCAUAGUUUUAACCCUCUUCAAACUACAGCCUUAUUGAGACCGUUACUAUUUAAAUAUAAAAUAUAAUGCUGACUAUUGCUCUGUCUGCAGCCAGGUAGAACACAGGGAUAUGCAGAUUUACUCAUUGUGUUCCUGUGUAUCGAAGUGAAAAAAAUGCAGCGUUUGAAACUGCCUAAUAAUGCAAUAUGCUCACUGUGCACAAGGAAAUUGAGACCAAGUUUAGUGUGAAAACCCGAUGACUGGCUUAAACAAAUCCAUUAAGUAUAGGUACAUGACAGAUCCAUCUAAAAUUCUUAAGUGUGGUUCAUUUAAUCAAAUCCUGAGGUAGACCUGUUUUAUUUUGUCUUGUCAUUGUUUUGGCAUUUAUGGUUUUUCCUUCAAUUUGUACAUAGGAACUCAAGGCCGCUAAAAACAUCACAAAUUGUGAAUUCUUGCUCUUUGAGCUCUUCAACCCCCACCAGGUAUGUGUUCACCAAAUGUCUUGACUUGUAUGCACUGCAGUGGUGCACUACAAAAUCGGUGUGUGUGUGUUCUGAAUUUACUUAACCUCUUUUAAGGGAGCACCAACACAAAUUAAGUGCAUUUGAUAAUUUUUUUUUUUGUUUUAUUCAUGCUGUAUUUUUCUCCUUUGCCCCACAGCCAAUUACUCUCCUCUUCUUAUCUUUAUAGUAUUUCAAAGCUGUGCUGGAAAUGGGUGGCAGAUAAGAGGGCAGUGCUCUAAGGCAUGUCAGCAACUCUGCUCACACUGGUUUCUCAUUGGCUUAGCUGAGUGCCUACUCAAAGUAUGUCUGAUAAGGAAGUUGCUUUGUAAAAAGAGGGAGUGUGGCUAAGGUGUUUAGUUGCACUGCAGAAAAAUGCAAAAAGUGUGGUUUUUUUUUUUGUUUUUUCUUUCUUGACUAAAACUAGACAUUGAAAUGUGAGGAAGAAAUAUACGGCAUACAUAUGAGGCCAUAUGCAAAUGUACUUCGUGUGUUGUUUCCUAAAGUGUCCGUUUUAAAUACUUAAUUCUAUAUUUAGAUCUCAUUAGUUAUCUUAAUUUUGCUUGCUAUCCCUGACCAUUUAGAAAAAAACAAAACGCCUAUUUAACUGCACAGGCAAAACAAGUGAGGAAAGUAAUUAGGCUCACUUAAUGUUUUUUGGGUUUUUUUUGUCUGUUUUGUGUGUCUCUAGAAAGCACACCUUUAAAUCGGUCAACAGCCUGCCUGCUUGCCUGGAUUCUGAAAGUGAGGACGAACAAAUUAGACGCUGUGUUUCUCAAAGUCAAAGGGUUUAUGAUGUGCAAACAAAGAACCUACUCACCGAUGACCAGGAAAAGGUAUGGGUUUGUUCCAUAUGUCGCCAAUUAUUCCUUUUGUGCUCUUAUCUAGUUUUGUGUGAAAUAAUUUGUUUCCUAUAAUAUCUGCCCAUUGCAUGAUGAAGUUUUUAAUUACUUAUGCAUUUGCAUUAUUCUCCCCCCUCCCUCCAAAAAAAAAAAAAAAAAUUACCGUCUGCAUGCAGUAUUUUAUAUACACCUGCUGUUGCAUGCUGUAUUUUAUAUAUACCUGCUGCUGCAUGCCUUAUAUUUAAACCCUUCUUCUAGGUAAUUUAACAAUAUUGCCCUUUUAAAAAUGCAUUUUCUAUGCAAAUAUAUUAGUUGCCACUUCUAUAGAUAAUGUAAUUUAACCGUUUACUUUGUACCAGCAAACGUGCAAACACUAGACGAUUUUUGCUUACACCACCUUGACGUCUCUCUUAGUGAACUAAAUAUUAUUUUUUUGUGUGUGAGUAGAAAUCUAUAAUGGAGAGUACAAAGUGUUCAGAGCUGGCAGAUACAGGUUUUGACACAAUUAAUGAUGAGGAUUUGAUGGAAGCUGUCCUGGAAAUUGGAAAGAAAGAGGCUUCCUUUUGUGAUGGUGUUGCUGAAGGGGAGAUCACUGGCAGCCCGGAUACAGGCUUUGGGGGUGAUGAAGAUGUCCAGGAGUCUAUGAAUAACUUGGAGGAAGAUGAAAAACCCAAGGCAGUUAAAGAGACAGGUAUUCAUAACAUAACAUGAAAUAAUUACAUUAGAGUAUGCUAUAAAACUAUAAUGAAUGUAAACAUCGUACAUAUAAUUCUACAACUGACCUCUUUCAUUUCAUGUGCCAGGUGUGAUUCAGUUCAAUGAAACAUCUAAGGACUUUGAUGAGAAUAAAGAGAACAAGACUCCAGAGGGGACCCAAAAUGAUGUUGAUUGGCUUCAGUAUGAUCUGGAGAGGGAACGAGAGGAACAGGAACUUCAGCAGGCACUUGCUCAGUCUCUUCAAGAACAUGUAAGUGUAUUACUUAUUUACCUAUGAAUCUAAUUAAUUCUCUGAUAUGGCAGCCAUGGGACCUUUCCCUGAAUUAUGGUACUUUAGUUAGAAUGUAAUUUAUAUAACAAUCAAUGCCUUUUUAUUCUCUGAAGCUAUAUAAUCCUUAAAGGGACACUAUAGUCAGCAGAACUACUACAGCUUAUUGUAUUUGUUCUUUUGAGUGCAAUUAUUCCCUUCAGGCUUUAUGCCGUAAACACUGUCUUUUCAGAGAAAAUGCAGCGUUUACAUUACAGCGCAGGGCAGGCAUAGGCAACCUUCGGCACUCCAGAUUUUUUGGACUACACCUUCCAUGAUGCUUUGCCAGCAUUAUGGGUGUAAGAGCAUUAUGGGGGAUGUAGUCCAGAACAUCUGGAGUGCCGAAGGUUGCCUACUCCUGGCCUAAGGCUAACGCCACUGGCCAUACCUCAGAUGGAUAUUAGAGUUGCUUACUGAGGCAGUGCUGCACAGUGUAACUGACAUUCAGUGUCUCCUCCCUCUGCAUGCAGACACUGAACAUUCCCCAUAGAGAUGCAUUGAUUCAAUGCAUCUCUAUGGCAAGAUGCUGAUUGGCCAGGGCUGUGUUUGGCUUGUGCUGGUUUUGCCCCUGAUCAGCCCCUUCAUAGUCUCAGCCAAUCCUAUGGGAAAUCAUUGUGAUUGGCUCAGAACAACACUUCUGAUGAUGUUAGCCAAACAGGGAGAACAGGGGCAGAGCCCGCAGCUGCUGACUUGAACAAAAGUAAGAUUUUUACUAUUUUUAGGAAGGUAAGGGAGGGGACAUGGGGGUAGAUUGUGGGUUUUAGCACUAUAGGGUCAGGAAUACAUGUUUGUGUAUAGUGUUUCUUUAUAGUGUUCUUUUAAGAAAAUAUUUUUGAAACUUACUUCGAGUCUUCUGAGGGGUCAUGGUACAACUCCUAUUCAGGAUCUCCCACUUUAGAGGUAUCCUAUGCAGAUAUUUCUAAAACAGGAAUUCCUGUCAAUCCUGCUCCUCUUUGGGUGAAUUUUAUUGGCUGACAGUCAGCUGAUUGUCACAGCCAAUAAAUUCCAUCCAGGUAAAGGCAAAUGUUAUGACCCAGCAUGCUGUAGAGGUUUGCCCCUUUAAAUGUCUUGAUUGUAAAAUUGUAUAAACUUGGAAAAGUAAUCUUACAGGUGUGAAAUAUCCUCUCUGAAUUGACAAUAUAUUCUUUAUUUUUGUGGUUGAAUUACUAUCUUCAUUGCACACCUCUUUAGUUUCCUGUGAGUUUGGAAAUAUCCAAAACUAAAAAUAGGAACCAUUUUAUCUUGUAGGAGGCUCGGGAGCUAAAGGAAGAUGAUGACCUGAAGAGAGCAACUGAGCUUAGUUUACAAGGUGAGAUUUAUUAUAUUAUUUAUAUAAAUAUAUUAGAGACACACAUCUCAUAACAAGGGCUGUAAAUGUUGUUUGUGAAUGCAUGUUAUUUUGUUGUGGUUGGGAUUUUCCCCUCCAUUGUAUAAAGUAAGACACACCAUACUGCACACCAUAGUGGUAGGGUGUAAGAAGUAACUCUCAGACUUCAGGAGAGCUACAGUGAGAGCUAAAAGGAGGCUACAGUGGAGGCAGGGAGAGGUGCCCAGCAAACACCACGAAAGGAGUCAAACUCACACUAAACUUUUCUGGGACAGUACUAGGGCCCUCCUGACACCAUAACCACUAUAUGGUGCUGUUAUGGUUAUUGCAGUGUUCCUUUAUCAAAAAGUUAGUGGACUUCCCCUUUGUUGUAUAUCUGUUCUUGAAGUGUUGUCUUUUAUGAUAACUUGCAGAGUUCAACAAUUCUUUGGUAGAUGGAAUGCUGUCUGAAGACGAUUCUGGGAAUGAAGAUAUCCUUGACAUGGAGUAUACUGAAGUAGAAGCUGAAGAGCUGAAGAAAAAUGCUGAAGUAAGUAAAAUAGCCCAAAGAUAACCUAAUGUCCAUAUCUGUAGUCCAGUUAACCAGGGUUUCAACAUCAAGAACACUCAGGCAACUACUCCAUAAGCAUGAGGGUAACAAUAACAACUAGCACCUACUGUUUAGACAUCUGCAACAUGAGAUUAAUGUUAUCACUGGAGUUCUUAUUUCACUUUAGUUUUUAUUGCUUUUGUGCAUUUAUAAAGGCAUUUCUUUUGCAGAUGUGGUGAGAGAAAAGCGUUUACACUUUUAAGCCCUUUAUACUCUUAUUAAAAGCAUAAGUUAAUCAAAUUUACAUUGGGAUUUAGGAUAAUAGUGCACAGGUACAUUUUUUUUUUCUUCCAUCUUGAGAGAGAAAACAGAUGUGGGGUUUAAUUGGUAGAUCUUCCUGGUAAUCAUGCUGCAAAGCUGUAGAAGACUACUGAAACCUGGGCACUAUUUAGUGGGGUGUCUAUAUUCAUUGCUAAAUUUCCUUCCCUGGCAGUGUUCAGUUUACUACCCAUGGAUGCUGUACAUUAGACGAGUAUUAAUGGAUAAUCUAAUUUAAGAAUGCAAUAAUUUCAGGAAUGUAUGAUGAAAACUACAGUGAAAGUAAAAUAUACAGUGUUCAGUAAUUAAAGUUAAUUGUCCUGUUACCGUUUCUUGCAGACUGGAGAACUUCCUCAUUCAUAUCGUCUCAUCAGUGUAGUCAGUCACAUUGGGAACUCCUCAUCCUCUGGUAUGUAUUUUAAAGUGCAUGAUUUAAAAAAAAAAAUUGAGCACUGUGUCUGGCUCCAGUCACUUUCACAUUUGCAAACACCAUUUUUCUAAAAUUAUCCAAAUUACUCUUGGAAGCUAAAUUAUUUAAAAGUCCUUUUUUUUAAAAAAUAUAAAGCUGAUAAGACUUAAAUAUUUUUGCUGCAAAGAUUCUCAGUUCUUAAAAAAAAAAAAAAAAUUUAAAAAAAAUUGCAUUCUGUGCUUGUAACUUUUGUUUUAGAUUUUUUUACGUUUUUAUGCAAUUUCUAUUUUAGGUCAUUACAUCAGCGAUGUGUAUGAUGUCCGAAAGCAGGCUUGGUUUACAUACAAUGACCUGACUGUUUCCCGAACACAGGAGAGCACUGUGAUGAAUGACAGAGACCAGAGCGGAUACAUUUUCUUUUACAUGGACAAGUAAGCAGUUACCUUUGUUCACUGUACUGUAGAAGAUUUCUUCUGUUUAGACUCAUGUAGUCUGUUUCAUUUGUGCUAAGUACAACAGCAUGUUGAGUUUUCUAAAUGUAUUCUAUUUUAACUUGCAUUAAAGCAGGUUUUGAUUAAUGUGCUGCUUAUUUAUUUGGUUUCCUCCCUCCAGAGCGGUUUUUGAUGAACUUGUUGAAGAAGAGAAGAAAUCCCAAUCUGCACCCACAGAGCAGAAUAGGCCAGCCAGACCACCUCUGUGAGACAUUCAAGCUUCGAUCUCUUCAUUGCACUGCUCCUAAAGCUUUAUAGCUUGCUUUACAAGAGCCUGUCUGGCCACUGCAUCUCCACAUUGACAUUGGGCUCUGGAUGUCACAGAAUUCUGUCAACUUGUACAUGGUGUAGCCUGUUGCCUCUGGAGAAAUUGCAGUAUACAAGGGGGGCACACUGGAAUCCUACAAAUGGUUUCUUCAAAGCCUUACAACGAGAGACAAAAAGAAAAUCUUUUGUUUGCCUGUGGAAUCACUAAGCUACGCCUUGGGACAGUGGCAGCUUAAACUGCCAUUUCUUCAGCAAUAAGAUAUGAUAAAGUACUUUAAAUUUGCCUUCUACAGACAGUGUUCCGGCACUGCCCUAUUUCUUAUAGCACAUUUGUUACAAUUGAGGCAUUUUUUUUUUUUUUUUUUUUUUUUUUUUUUUUUGAUUGUAACAAAUCCAUCAACGUAUUUUUUUAUUUUUUUGUAUGCAGCUGAAGAUUGGUGGCAUUAAUGCUGUUACACAAAUUUAACUUCAACCUGUGUUGCUGUCUAUGGAGAAUCUGUUUUUCAUUAUUUUUCUUAAAUACAUUUAUAUUCCAUAGACUUAUCUUUGUUACUUUCAAGUAUGACAACUGGAUUUAAAAGCACACCCCUCCCUCCCCUGUGCUGAAUAAAAGCAAUACGAUAAAACGAGAGAUGUCUCUCUGCCGGCAGCUGUCACUAGAGAUUUUAUAAUGGUCUGAUGUGUUAGACAAUCAACACACUACGUAUCUAUCCUUGAUUUCAAGUGGUAGUUGUGUAUUUUUCUUGUCAAUUCUUAUUGAUGUUUCUUUCUUGCAGCAUGUACGUUUUUAUGAUUUUCUCUUAAGUUCUUGAGUGGUUUAUUCUGGUCAGGUUUAUGAGUGGUUCAGUCAGGGAAACUUGUGGUAGUCCAUUACUGCUUUAUUAAAUAAGUUCUUGGCUGUGUUUCUGGGCCUUGCUGUUCUCUUACGCGGUUUUGGUUCUGAAAUGUUAUUUGUUUAAAAUGUAAUCGAGAGAUUGCUUUUUUUUUUCUCCCCCAGAUGUACAUAUUUCUAUUAUAUUUAACUAUUUUAAACUGUUUUAUGUUGUCCAUAUUCUGUAAGUCCCAGAUCUAUAAAGAAGUUGAAUAAAUAUUAAUUUUGUUUUUAGACCCAGGCUAAGAUGGAUAACUGAUUCACUCUUUAAUGGAAAAUUCCCAUAAAUAUUUCAGUUUUUAUAGCAAUCUGUGCCAACACCAUGUUAUGGAUGCCCAUUUUUUUUUUAGCCCUCUUAUUUAUUGUUGGGCUGCAUUUCUCAGAGGUUUAUGGAAUUUUUUUAUACAUCUGUUUCCAGGAAGCCACUGUUUUAGAAUGUAGAAUGAAG